GUAUCUGUUUCAGGGCAAGGAUAAGAAUACACGAUGAUGCGCGCUGCCAUCUUCUUCAGUAUCUUUGUCAUCUUCUGCCUCAUUCAAUUAAAUGAGGCGAACUACAAGAAGCUCCCGUUCAACGGAUCCAUCUUUGGUAAAAGGAAUAAUGCUGAUUAUGACUCGACAGGCCGUGCUUUAUCUGCAUUGUGUGAUAUUGCUUCUGAAACCUGCCAGGCUUAUUACCAGACUUUGGAAAAUAAGUAAAAUAUCAAGCAAAAAUCUACUUGUGUAAACCAAAAUGUAUCUUAUACUAUGCAAUAUAAAGUUCAUAAUCUUAUUAAUAUAUUGGCUUAAUAAGAACGAAAUGUAAAUGAAGUACGAACAAACAGAACUGCACUCGGACAAUACUGCUCAUAUUUUCCUUAUCUGCAAUAAGAUUGUAAACGCUAAACUUUAAGUUAAUAAAAUAUUU